AUGGUUGGCACAUCUAACACAAUUGGUAUCUCUGCACCUUUAACUGAAGGACACUCUAUCACUAGACCACAUUUGUUUAAUGGUUCUAAUUAUUCUUUCUGGAAAGUUAGGAUGAGAAACUUUAUUCAAUCUGUUGAUAUUGAAGCUUGGCAAAGAAUUGUUAAAGGUCCUGAAAUUCCAUUAGAAUUGCAUGCUGAUGGUUAUAGAGAAAAACUAGAAGAUGAAUAUAAUGAACUUGAUUGGAAGAAAGUUUUUUCAAAUGCUAAAGCUUUAAACAUUCUUCAUUGUGCACUUGAUGCAAUUGAGUAUAAUCAUAUUUCAGGUUGUACAUCUACAAAAGAAGUGUGGGAUAAACUUGAAGUCACAUAUGUAGGGACUAAUCAAGUGAAGGAAUCAAAAGCAAAUAGGCUUGCUCGGGAAUAUGAACUAUUUAAGAUGAAACCUGGAGAAACCAUUUCAGAAAUGAGCACAAGAUUUACUGAUCUGGUGAAUGUUCUCAAAGCUCUUGAAAAAGAAUUCACUGAAGAAGAGUUAGUCAAGAAAGUCUUGAGGUCACUACCUAAAUCAUGGGAAACAAAAGUGACAGUGAUCUUUGACACCAAAGACUUCUCCAAAUUCACUUAUGAUGAGCUGAUUGGUUCUCUUAUUGCUCAUGAAAUGCUUUAUGACAAGAGCAAGAGCAAUGUAGAUGAUGAAAAGAAAAAGAGAGGAAUUGCCUUGAAUUCAAGCCAAGAGGAUGAAUUAAGGAAAACUAUAGCUUUUAAGGCUGCCUCAAGUGACAGCUCCAAUAGUUCAAGUGAUGAAGAUGAUAUUGCCAUGAUUAUAAGAAGAUUCAAGAAAACAUUCAAAAAGGGAGGUUCAAAAUAUAAGAAAUUCCUAAAGAAGUAUUCUUCCAAAGGUGAAACAAGCAAGGAUCAAAGUGAGAUUAAAUGCUUUGAAUGCAACAAACCUGGCCAUAUCAAGCCAAAUUGUCCUAAAUUGAAAAAGAAGAAUUCAAAAGACAAGAGCAAGAAAGCUUUCAUUGCUGGCUGGAAGGACAGUGAUGAUUCCUCAAGUGAUAACUCUAGUGACAAGGAGGUUGCACACAUUUAUUUUAUGGCUUUGGAAGAGGAUAAGCCCGAAAGCUCUCAACAAAGAGAAAUCAACACUGAGGUAAAUAAUUAUGACUCUCUUAGUAUUGAAGAUUAUGAAGAUGCAUUUGCCAAAUUGUAUGAAGAAUACAAAGUUUAUAAGAAAAGAUGUUCUAUUUUAAACAAAGAAAUUGCUUCCUUAAGAUCAGAAAAUGAUUCUAUGAGCAUUAUUGUGCAAGAAAAUAAGUUUUAUAAAAAUCAAAUGCUCUUGUUUGAUGAGUUGAAUAAGGAGUUAGAAGAUUCAAAAACUGCUUGUGAAAAACUCACUGAGAAAAAUAGGAUUUUAGAAACUAAGGUGAAAUCUUUGCCAAAUGAUUUAGCUAAAUUCACAAAUGGCACACAAAUUCUUGAUACUUUACUUGGUUCUCAAAGAUGA